AUGUUUGGUUUCAUGGCUGUAUUCGAUGCCAUCUUCACAAAUUUGUUUGAUUCUUUGCAUGUACAUCCCGUAAGAUGUUUUGUCAAUUGUCCUUUUGAACGGCUAUUAGUUUAUGUUGCAAAUAGUCUCGACAUCGGCAACCUUGUACGUAACAUUGGGAGUACCCAUCAAAUCAUGGCUUAUACAAUCAACAACCGAUUGCUUCUUCGUGGACAUACGGCUAAUCCUGUCGCCUCCUACCCACUAGAUCAUUCCUGCUACCGUGCUGUCGACUGCGUGUCUGUUAGUAUAAUGCUUGCUCGUCAUGCACCCAAAUGGAAUGCACAGUCAGCAAGAGACCUCCUUCUUGGUAAUUCCCUGAAGCGUUCAGAUACGUCUGAUCUGCUAGUUCUACUGGUAGAUGUCACUACGCAUGCAAUUUGGGGUGCUCACUGGAACUUUCUUUGA